AAACGCCAUUCGGAACACGACUCUUGUUCUUCUCUCCUCAUUCUGGACACAAUUUCAACAAAUCUCAUCCAGUGGAAACGCCGGGUUACCCCUCGCCGCGAUGGGCGUAGCUACGUGAUGAGUGAGCGGAGAGGGGACAGGGGCCAUAAAUACUUGGUGCGGCAGAAGGACUUGGAUGGACCCCAGAGGAGAAAACCACAGCUGGAGGAAGCUCGCGCACUGGAAAGGACCUGCAACUUUUCUGCAAGUUAAAACAUCUCACUUGGGGGGAAAAAAAGAAGAAAAAGUGAAAAGUGAAAGUUGCGGUGCCGCCGUCUAACAUGGGGAGUCAAUGAGUCCUUAAUUGGCGGAGGGCAAAACUUGUGUUGUAUCUUCCCUCCCGGAGCGCGAUGGAGUUCAGCUUGUCAAAGUGACGUGUUUUGCGCGUCGAGAUGCGGGCGCUCACCCCGCUGGCUCGGGCCGUCCUCGGACUCGCGUGGAGCUGCCUGAGCUUCCUGUCGUGCGCUCACUGCGGGUUAAGCGACAACCAUGUGCACUCGAGCUUCAUUUACAGGCGGUUGCGCAAUCACGAACGCAGGGAGAUCCAGAGAGAGAUCCUCUCCAUCCUGGGCCUGCCGCACCGCCCGAGGCCCUUCUCUCCCGGGAAGCAGGCGUCCUCCGCGCCCCUCUUCAUGCUCGACCUGUACAACGCCAUGGCCGUGGAGGAGGAGGAGGAGGAGGAGGUGCUGGUGGUGGAGGGGACGCGGCGGCAGCAGCAGCAGCAGCUGGGUGCCGGGAAGGGCUUCAGUGGCAAGGCUCAAGGGCACGGCAGGAAAGCGCACCACGGCCCCCAGCACGCCGGCUACUCGCGCGCGGCGCAGCCGUACCGCGCGGCCCCGCUGAUGGGCCACAGCCCCGCGCUCGGCACGGUGCAAGACACCAACUUCCUCAAUGACGCCGACAUGGUUAUGAGUUUUGUCAAUCUAGUGGAGAAGGACAAAGAUUUUUCUCACCAACGAAGACACUACAAGGAAUUCCGUUUUGAUCUGACUCAGAUCCCGGAGGGAGAGGCGGUGACUGCUGCAGAGUUUCGGAUCUAUAAGGACCGCAGUCAUGCUCGCUACGACAAUGUUUCCCUGAAGGUUACUAUAUAUCAGGUCCUCAAGGAAUAUCAGAACAACGAUGCAGAGACGUUCUUGCUUGAUUCUAAAAAGGUCCGGGCAUCGGAUGGAGGCUGGUUAGUGUUCGACCUCACAGCCACCAGUAACCACUGGGUGAUGAACCCACUGCAGAACUUAGGCCUGCAGCUCUGUGUGGAGACUGCAGAUGGUCGAAGUAUCAACAUGAAAUCCGCUGGAAUCAUUGGGAGGAAUGGGCCUCAGUCCAAACAGCCUUUCCUGGUUGCUUUCUUCAAGGCCAGUGGGGUGUUGCUUCGCUCGGUCAGAGCUGCUGGUGGUAAAAAAAAGAACCACAAUCGCAAUAAAUCUAUCAAUCAGCAAGAAUCAUCUCAGGCACCAAAAGCUGGAGAUUACAACACAAGUGAACAGAAGCAAGCCUGCAAGAAGCAUGAACUUUACGUCAGUUUUCGAGAUUUGGGCUGGCAGGAUUGGAUCAUUGCACCUGAGGGGUAUGCUGCUUUUUAUUGUGAUGGCGAAUGCUCUUUUCCACUCAACGCACACAUGAAUGCAACAAAUCAUGCCAUUGUGCAAACGCUGGUGCAUCUAAUGUUCCCUGACAACGUGCCAAAGCCGUGCUGUGCCCCGACCAAGCUCAACGCAAUAUCAGUGCUUUACUUUGAUGACAGCUCAAACGUUAUCCUGAAGAAAUACAGAAAUAUGGUAGUUAGGUCUUGUGGGUGCCAUUAGUGGCCGGGCUAUCUUCAAUUUUUUAUUUAUGUGUCUGGUACGGGAAUUGCUGGAAAACACUUCUGUUGCAGGUGCGAUGUCAUGUACAGUAUUAUGUAUAUAAAGUUGUAUUACCUAAUUUAUUUUCCUUUCUUCUAAAAUAGCACUGAAUAUUGUGAUAUUUAAAGGAUUUGGACAAAAUAUUGAUUUUACAUUAUGUAAUUUUUCAGUUCAUGUUUUAGUCCAUCGGCAUAUACUCUUUCAGUUACGUCUGUAUGAUAACUUCUAUGAGUUUACUAUUCACUGGAGUCAUCGUGAUGCAUAACGUUGCCUCCCCCUCAGCCUAUUUAUUUUUUCCUAUUUACAAAAUAUACUUGCUAUAACUACGAUUAAACAAGGCUGUCAUUCUUUGGUGAUUUUCUUCAAUGUUAAUUUGUCUCUUAGUUUCAUUGUAUUCCCACAUUUAUAAUGACACAUACAGAAGAAUGUAGCAUCACAGGUUAACUGGAUGAAUCGCGGAGUCAACAAGAGGAUGCCAUUAGCCCUAACAUCAAAGCUUCAACCGACCCGCGGAAAUUUUGGAAAUCAAAUUGGAAAUCCGGGAAGAAAAAAUAGCGGAUGUUCUCUAAUGUGAACCAACCCGCCCAAAGCUAUUUUCAAGCCUCCACUCUCCUUCAGCACUGAUGCUGUUUCACCUUUUCCAAGCCAGGUUUUUUUUUUUUUUUUCAUAAGAGAGUGUGUUCACAGACAAAUUGCACUUGCAACGUUGAGUGUUCACUCAUGAAUGCUUUACAAAUAAUGUCAUUUUUAAAACAUGGUUAUGUAAAUGUCUUCCAUAAACACAGUUUUCUCCUUCCUCGGACGAGCUGCAAACGCCGCUCUAAUUCAACCUUGUGUUUGGGGAAAGUAUAUCUUAAUGUAGAGUGUUGUGUAUUUUAAUAAAUGUACCACUUGAGAACUCAAA